AGAGCGAUUAACACAGAAGAGAGAGACAGAGAGAGACAGCGACUGGCGGAUUACACACAGCCCCAGACACGAGGUUUUGGAGGAUGCAGGAACAUGAACCAUUUACUGCUAAGACAGUCGGUUGAUUGACAAGCCCGUCGUCCAAUCAAAAUCGUCGCCAUGAUCGCCACGGGCGGCCUGCUGCGUAUGAACCGGCGCCAAGACUCCCAGCGAUCCAAGAACCACGCUGAGAACCAGAGGAAGAGGAAACAAGCAGAGAGGAAGAAGAGGAAUGAUGUGGUAGUGGUGAAGGGGAAACUCAACCUGUGUUCCCCAUCUGGGCUGGUGGCUGCGGUGGGGGUAGUGGUGUUGAUGCUGGGGAUAGCCAUGGCUGUACUGGGCUACUGGCCACAUGAAGGCCACAGCCAGGGGUAUGCAUCCGGGGUAUCACCAGGGGAGGAGCGGAGAUCCAACGGCAGGAUGAGCUACUCCAAGAGCCCCCUGGUGUCUGUCACCUGGAGCAAUAACAAGGAUAACAACACAGCCAACCAGACUGUUGGGGAGUUGACCAACCAGACUGUUGAGGAGUUGACCAACCAGACUGUUGGGGAGUUGACCAACCAGACUGUUGGGGAGUUGACCAACCAGACUGUUGAGGAGUUGACCAACCAGACUGUUGGGGAGUUGACCAACCAGACUGUUGAGGAGUUGACCAACCAGACAAGUGCUGAGUUGACAAAUCAGAUGAGUGAUGUUAUGAAUGGAAGUGUUCCUCAACCUCUAUCUGUGUCGACAAGUCCUCGUCCUCCCUCAGGGGGGUUUCUCUCUGAGUUCCUGGACAGCUACCUCUACUCAGACAACUUGAAGGUGUUUGGGCCCUUAGUGAUGGGGAUUGGCAUCUUCCUCUUCAUCUGCGCUAACGCUGUGCUUCACGAGAACAGAGACCAGAAGACCAAAGUCAUCAACCUCAGAGAUAUCUACUCCACGGUCAUCGACCACCACAGCAAACGGACCAAGGACUACUCGCCGAUUAACGGACUGGUGAACUAUGUGCAGUCCAGGGGCAGUGUGGACAUAAAUUCUGGUUCGUUCCAUCCUGGCGAGAUGCUAGAGCACAGUCCUUGGCCCUCCACUACCGUGUCAAGCCACCAGGGGGAGAUAGGUAGCAGUGAGCAGCAGUAUAGACGACCGUCAAUGGCGGGUCGGCAGCGGAGCAUCUACAGAGACCAGAAGCGCAGGUGUUCAGAGCAGACACCCUACCCCAGACAGUGGGACUCAGAGCAGGACUCGUACCCCAGGCAGCGGGACACAGAGCAGGACUCGUACCCCAGGCAGUGGGACUCAGAGCAGGACUCGUACCCCAGACAGUGGGACUCAGAGCAGGACUCGUACCCCAGACAGUGGGACUCAGAGCAGGCCUCGUACCCCAGGCAGUGGGACUCAGAGCAGGCCUCGUACCCCAGGCAGUGGGACUCAGAGCAGGACUCAUACCCCAGGCAGUGGGACUCAGAGCAGGACUCGUACCCCAGGCAGCGGGACUCAGAGCAGGCCUCGUACCCCAGGCAGUGGGACUCAGAGCAGGCCUCGUACCCCAGGCAGUGGGACUCAGAGCAGGACUCGUACCCCAGGCAGUGGGACUCAGAGCAGGACUCGUACCCCAGGCAGCGGGACUCAGAGCAGGCCUCGUACCCCAGGCAGUGGGACUCAGAGCAGGCCUCGUACCCCAGGCAGCGGGACUCAGAGCAGGCCUCGUACCCCAGACAGUGGGACUCAGAGCAGGCCUCGUACCCCAGGCAGUGGGACUCAGAGCAGGCCUCGUACCCCAGGCAGUGGGAGGGUACAGCAUCCAUUGUCAGUUCUUCUUUUAACGUCUUCACCCUCCCGAUCAUCACACUUAACAACGGUGCAGUGGAGGAUGGGGGGCAGGAGGGGGGACAGGAGGGGGGACAGGCCGAGAGAGAGGAGGAAGUGAUCACAGAUGUCAAGGAUUUUAGUGGAAAUGGGAUUGAGCAAGAGCAAGUAGCAGGUUAUAGUCAAAGUCUGGAUAAUACAGAGAAUAAUUCUUCAAGGAGGACCUCGAUGAAUCCCCUGGAAUCCUAUAGUCAAUGUCUGGGUACUAAAGAGAAGGAUUCUUCAAGGAGGACCUCGAUGAAUCCCCUGGAAUAUGAGGGUGGUACCGUCAUGACCCUAACUGAACCAGAUGAGGCGCUACAAGGACAGACCCUCACCCCACAGGGCCCCCGGCUGUUCCCUCCUUCUCCCGUUUUCAGGGCGACGACGGGGAUGGGAUCUCGCCUGUCACUCAACUCCCUCUCCAGCCCAGGGGUCGACCAGCCCCAGUCGGCACGACGAUGCAGCCUCACCGUGGCCGUCUGUCGUCAAGGCGACCGGGCUCGUCGGUUCAGCUGUACGCGUCUGGAGCGUUCAAACAGUAAGGGAUACAUCAAACUGGAAACCGUGGACGGAGAUUCCUUCGAGGUACCAGAUGUAGUGACUUCCUGUGUGCCUGACUCGAAUCAGGAAGAAGAAGUAGUAGCAGACGAGGUAGCAGAAGCAGCUCAAGGAAAAAGAGAGAGGGUGACUGUCACCCUUAGCUCUUCUUUAACAGAACUCUAG